UAAUUUUUUUUUUUUUUCUAAGGUGGCUGUUAUUCGCAGUUCAGGAAAAUUUGUGAUUUGUGAUCGAGGAAGUGAAAGGUCCCGUAUGCAGCUAUUUACUAAAACUGGGCAUUUUAUAAAGAAGAUAGCAAUUCGUUAUAUUGAUAUAGUAGCUGGAUUAGCAAUUACUGGCGAAGGUAAUAUUGUGGCUGUUGACAGUGUUUCUCCAACAGUAUUUGUGAUUGCGGAAAGUGGAGAAUUAGUUCGUUGGUUUGAUUGCAGUGAGUACAUGAGAGAACCAUCUGAUAUUGCAAUCAGUGGUAAAGAAUACUACAUCUGUGAUUUUAAAGGUCAUUGUGUUAUUGUGUUUAGUGAAGAUGGGCAGUUUGUGAGACGUAUUGGAUGUGAAAAUAUUACUAAUUUUCCAAAUGGUAUUGAUAUCAGUGAUGCGGGAGAUGUGCUUGUUGGUGACAGUCAUGGAAAUAGAUUUCAUGUAGUUGUGUUUUCGCGUGAAGGGUCAAUUUUAUCAGAAUUUGAAUGUCCAUAUGUUAAAGUUAGCCGUUGCUGUGGUCUAAAAAUAACAUCAGAAGGUUACAUAGUUACCCUUGCUAAAAAUAAUCACCACAUGUUGAUUCUCAACACAUUAUACAUCAUGUGAAUGAAUAGAAGCACAGAUAUGCAGUCUACUACAGACACUAGUUGCUACCACUAGGAUGACUGUGUUCUGCAUUUAAUGUUUAAUGCACAUUGGUAGAAAAAUAUAUACAGAAAAGUGCCUGGAUAAAAUCCAAAGUUGUCCGUUAUAGAAGUAUGGUUGAUUAUAACACCUUAAGACUCAUGUCAGAUUUAAAAUUUUAUGUAGUUAAAUUUGUUUUUAAAUAAUGAGAUUUAACUUUGCCAAUAUUUACUGAAGACAUGAGAAAUGAUGGAUAAUUGCAUAAAGAAUGUUAGUAGGCAUUUAGUUCUAGUUUUAUUAAUAACUGUUCCUGCAUUGGACAGUAGAGUAAUUGCAUUCUUAAUAACUUGGAAAUGGUAAAUAUUGAAAUUUGGAUUGAUCUAAAAAUGAAGAUUAUUUCUUUAUUAUAUUUAGCCAAAGAUAAAAAUCAAUCUAAAAUAAAUUUUAAAAAGUUGUAGGUCAUUCCAUGAAGUAGGCCUAUGGAGCCUGUGAUAUAACUAUCUGCUCAUUGAGUUUGUUUACACUUAUUGACUUUAUAGUAAUUUGUUUGGAUUUGUCCAUAUAUUCAUUAAAAAUUACUUUAUAUAUAUAUAAAUAAANC